AUGGUAACCUGGGACGCAGGUCCACACGUCCACGGCGGCUGGCAUGUACCCGAGAGCUACGGGGAGCUCACUGCCGCCUUGCAGUCCGCCGGAUACGAUGUCCACGUCCCACGCAUGCCGUCCACCAACCCAGUACGCCCGCCAGACGCGGACCUGUCCAGCGACACGGCGCUUAUCCGCAGCUACGUGGAAAGCUUGGUGCAGGACGGCCGUACCGUCGUCGCCCUCAUGCAUUCCUACGGCGGACAAGUCGGCACCAACGCCCUCCACGGGCUCGGUGUCGCCGCCCGUUCCGCCCGAGGUCUCCCGGGCGGCGUUUCGCGCCUCGUAUACAUGACUGCGUAUGCCGUCGCCGAGGGCACUGCCAUGAUGGAUAAGGUGAAGGAGUUUGGCCACAUCGACCUCGUGCCGGUUGCUUUCGACUUCGCCGAAGACGGCAGCUGCGUUUCCAGCGAUCCGAAAACCUUGGUCGUGGGCCCCGGUCGUGACGAGGCCGAGACCGAAGCCUACCUCAACACCUUGGUGCGUUGGAACGGAAAAUGCAUGUACCAGCCCCUAGAACAUUGUGCCUGGCGCGAGAUCCCCGUCGCGUAUAUCUACACCACCGCCGAUAUGACCGUGCCUUUGGACUAUCAGAAGAACUUUGUCGAGGGCAUGGAAAAGGCCGGCGUCAAGGUGCAGACGUACGAACUGGCGACAGGCCAUUGCCCCAACUUCACGGCUACGGAAGCGGUGGUGGCCGUGGUCGACAAGGUUGUCUCGGAGGAGGAGAAUCGCCAGUCUUGA